AUGUGGUCGAACUCCUUCAUUGCGUUGUCAGUAGCCGCCUAUCUACCUCUGGCAAUUUCAACACCCAUUCCCAACACAUCCCCAAAUCGCCCCAGUGUAUUUCCAAACACCGAUCAAUGGCCUCUUGCAACCAUUGGAAAAGCUCUGAAAGCCCAACUCCCCGAUUCAGAGCUACAAAGCAUCCUAGCGCAAGUAUCGCAAGCGAAUAUCGAAGCUACCGUCCGCAAGCUGGCCUCAUUCGGUACACGACAUACACUAUCAAGUCAGACAGAUCCCCACCGAGGAAUUGGCGCGGCUAGGACAUGGAUCACAGCCAAGUUUCAAGAAGCCGCAGAUGCAAGCAACGGGACUAUGAGUGUAGCAUGGAACAGCUUCAUCAAGUACCCAGGCGAUAACGAGCGGAUCAUCUUCCCGGUAAAUAUCACAACUGUUGUUGCGACUCUGCGGGGAAGUGAAGAUCCAGAGAGGCUGUAUGUCACGGGAGGUCAUUAUGAUUCGAGAAACAGCAAUCCUAUCGAUUUCAAGGGCGAUGCACCGGGUGCAGUUGAUGAUGCUUCGGGAGUUGCAGUUUCCCUUGAACUCGCACGCAUCUUCGCAACCUACAAACCUAAAGCUUCGAUUGCGUUCACUGCGUUCGCGGGUGAAGAGCAAGGUCUUCUUGGAGCGAGGAACCUCGCACAAACCUACAAGAAUAACUCUGUCAAUGUCGCCGCUAUGGUCAAUCUGGACAUGGUCGGGAACUCCAAGGCAGAAGAUGGCACACGCGACCCAUACAAUAUCCGACUCUUCUGCCAGGGCGCUCCGCUCACGGAAAACUCCACUAUCACGACGAGCCGUCUUAGCAUCGGAGGCGAUAACGACAGCCCAUCACGCAACCUCGGUCGCCACAUUUACGAAGUAGCGUCUAAUACCUUCACUGAGAUGACUGUCCGCCUUAUCUACAGACUAGAUCGAUACAGUCGCGGUGGCGACCAUCGACCAUUCCUCGAAUCUGGCUUCAACGGUGUACGCUUCGUGCAGCCAAACGAAGACUACACACAGCAGCACCAGGAUGUACGUGUUAAGAACGGCAAGCAGUACGGCGAUCUAGUUGAGUUCCUGGACUUUGAAUACAACACGCGCGCAGCUAAGGUGGUCGCGUCGACUAUGUGGAGUCUGGCUAAUGCACCGGGAGAGCCACGGAAUGUGGGUGUUAAUGUUACGACGUCGGAUAAUUUCAGUCAGUUCAAGUGGGAUGCGCCACUUGGAUUGCCUGUGGAGGGAUACGAGAUCGUGUACCGUGAGACGAUUGAACCGCAUUGGACGAGCGUUAUUGAGGUCGGUAAUGUGAAUUGGUACAAUCUCACUUCCGCCACGAUACACAAGGAUAAUGUCAUCUUUGGUGUAAGAAGUAUAGGAAAGGGAGGGUACAGAAGUCCAGCUGUGUUACCCUUCCCUUUUGGUUGUUCGAGGAACUGUUAA